AAGUAUUUUUCUAUUCAUUUUGAUGUGAGAAUUAAUGAAACAAAUAAUUUAUUAACAAUUAGAUUCUUCCCGUCUAUGAUAACAAAAUAAAAAAAGAGGUUUUCUGCUUCGUUUUUAUAGUUAUUAAUUUUAGCGCCUAUGUUAUGGUCACACUAAUGGUUUAUUUUUUAAGUGUUAAGUACCAUUUAAGUUACAAUCUUUAAGUAAAAUGGACUUAAAUGACGUGAAAAUUCCUGAAAAAGUGGUUCCCAGCAACUACUUGCAGUUGGGAAUUGCGGCAUUACGUUGCAAGCAGCGACAAUUCAAAGAACUUCUUGAAAAGAGGGCACUACCCGAGAAUGGAUGGUCGGACGAUAACAUAGAAGAGCUAGUGCACCAGCUCUCCUCCCUGGAUAGUAACAACUUUCCUCAUAAAUUAGGACUGGGUGAACGAGAGGCGCGCAUUGCUUGCAGACUUGUGGCCCGAAGACACUACAACUUCGGUCAUGGGAUUGGACGUUCUGGGGACCUGUUGGAGGCUCAACCAAAGGCUGCUGGAUCUACGCUGCUGGCUCGUCUUACAAACGCACUCAUUCUGGACCUUAUGCACGCCAUCGGCCUGCCCAGUUGCUCUGGAUGCUUCCUAGUGCCUAUGUGCACAGGCAUGACAAUAACGCUGUGCCUGCAGAGUUUGCGCAAAAAGAGACCCAGUGCAAAGUACGUCCUGUGGUCGCGAAUAGAUCAGAAGUCUUGCUUUAAAGCAAUAACUGCAGCUGGUCUGGAAGCUGUUAUCAUUCCUUGUCAGGUCCAGAAGCAAGCUCUUCACACUGAUAUAGAUCUGAUUAGCAAAAAGAUCCACGACUUAGGUGCUGAUAACAUUCUUUGUCUUUACACCACAACAAGUUGUUUUGCGCCACGGAAUUGCGAUGACAUUGUGGAAGUCGCCAAAUUGUCAAGACAGUCAGACAUUCCCCACCUAAUUAAUAAUGCCUAUGGCUUACAGUCAACAGAUAUUCUCCGGCAUCUGGAGAGAGCCAAUCGAUUAGGUCGCAUUGACUAUUUUGUCCAGAGCAGUGAUAAGAACCUUCUUGUGCCUGUGGGCGGCGCCAUCGUCGCCAGCUUUGAUGAAAAUCUUCUAAAUGAUGUAGCUAGUAGCUAUGCUGGGAGAGCCAGUGGUUCUCAGUCCCUGGACGUGUUUAUGACACUUCUUUCCCUGGGCCGGAAAGGUUACCAAUCACUCGUCAAAGAGCGCGAAGAGAACUUUAACUACCUCAAAGAUCGUCUAGGAAAAUUUGCUGAAAGUCGAGGAGAAACUGUGAUCAAUACCAGCUUAAAUACUAUUUCCUUGGCCAUCACAUUGAAGAACCUAACAAAAGAUUCAAACGGCAGCAAGGACAUUACCAAGCUUGGUUCCAUGCUUCAGUUACGUGGGGUUUCCGGAGCAAGGGUUGUGGUUCCUGGGCAAAGAAAAGUCAUAGAUGGAUAUGAUUUUAUAGGUUUCGGCUCCCAUCAUGACAGUCUUGAGGUGCCUUAUCUAACUGUGGCGGCGUCCUUGGGUGUGAAGCGAGAGGAAAUCGACAAGUUUCUUACAAUUUUUGAAAAAUGCUGGCAGCAAUUAAAUCAAAACCAUCGCGAAUCAGCGAAUUAAAUUUUUAUUUAACCAAUAUUAUUAAAAAUGUUUUAUCAAACACGAAACUUAAAACCAACAAAGUUAAUAAAAAUAUCGUUAUACUAAAUAAAAUACUUUUGCUAAUUAACCUUUUCAAGUGACUAAGAAAAAUAAAUCAUCAAAU